AUGGGUAGUCUUGAUCCCCCUAUGUCUUCCUCAUCCUCGUCAUCUGCAUACAUACCUGAACCCUUUUCCCCAUUAUUCCUUCUCUCUUCUGAUGUACCUGGAGUCUCUCUUGUUGCGGUACCAUUCUCUGGGAAUGGGUUUGGAGUGAUCUCCCCAGAUAUAGCUGAGAGUGUGCAAUAUUCAGAUACUGCUGAAAGUAUAUGGAGACAGCUUAAUAAUAGAUAUGGGACAGUAAAUAGGACUAAAGUUUUUGAAUUAAAAAGAGAAUUAGCACCCACAUACCAGGGAUCUCUUGACAUUGCUUCCUAUUUUAACAAACUUAAGAAAAUAUGGAAUGAGUUGGGGGUUAUAUGGAGUAGUCAUGCCAACUCUUGUGGUUGUGCUGCUAAAGAAGGUUUGCAAAAGGAGAAAGAAGAGGAUAAAGUCCAUCAGUUUAUCAUGGGUUUAAAUGAGGUCUAUGUGAGUGUUAGAAGCAAUUUGUUGAUGAUGCAUCCUUUACCAUCUCUUGACCGUGUUUAUAACAUACUUCUACAAGGUGAAAAACAAAGGCAAUCCACUCAACCUCGGCCACAACAGACACUGUAUAAUCAAAGGGUGGUCUUUGAUCAACCUAAGUCUGGUCUCUUCUGUAAAUAUUGUAAGAAGUCAUGGAACUUGAUUGAUAAGUAUUACAAACUUAAUGAAUUUCCUCCAAAAUUCAAAUUCACUAUAGGCAGAAAGGCAACUGCAAAUGUAGCUGUAGAAUCUGACUUCUCUUCUUAUCAGAAUGUUUCUACCAAUUUUAUGUCAAAUCCCACUUCAAAUCAGGUUGAUCAAGGAUAUGUGGUAUAUGGAUUGACACAACAACAAUAUUCUCAAUUGAUAUCCUUGCUUCAGCAGACUUAUGUUUCUGAUUCUGGACCUCAAUUCAACAGUUUAAGUUUUGCUUAUUUUGCUGGUACUUUACUGCCUAAGAAUGUUGUGUAUAGUUUUAAUUCUUCUUUGCUGAGUAAAUCAGAUUCUUUAACCUGGAUAGUUUACUCUGGUGCAUCUGACCAUAUGACAUCUGAUAAAGACUAUCUCAUUAACAUCACACCUUUACCUAUUCCUUUUCUUGUAUCUCUUCCAAAUGGAUACAAGGGUCCUUCUCUGAAAAAGCCUCUGGAUCUUGGUAAACUGGAUAAUGGCUUGUACAUGUUUGUUUG